CCGAAUGUUGACGUAUGGAAUGUGACUUGGAUGCAGCUGUCCCCAAAAUUCGAACCCAUCUGAGUCAUGCUCGGGAGUUCCCGAGGAAAGGUGUUUUGCCUGAGAGCAUGAGGCUUCGGCAUCCAUAGCGAACCUCUCUCGUUGCCGCCCCGGAGCUGCUCCGGAAACCGUUGGAUGUACGUACCUGUUAGUGUCCGGCGUGUGAAAAGUCGAAAUGGCGGGAGGGAUAAACAUCGAUCAGAUCGAGCGGUGGGAUUCGGAAGAUUUGAAGACCAUGUCCGGCAGUUCGGAUUUCCAGACUCCGAGCUCUCUCCUGUCGUCUCUGUACGAGUACUGGUUCCUCCCCAGUCAGAACAGUCUCUCGAUGAAGUUCUUCGAUUCUACGACCGCUCUCAUGGAAGAACAGCAUCGGCAGCUACAGUUGGGUUACUCCAUCAUCCAUCCGUGCUCCCGAUUCAGAUCGGCGUGGGACAUAAUCAUUGUGAUCGCACUGUCAAUCAACGCACUCUUGUUACCCGUGCAAUUGGCUUUCUGCGUGACGGAAAACUCGACGUCCUGGCUCUUCUUCAGUUUCUCAUCUACAACAAUAUUCGCAUUUGACAUAGUGGUGAACUUUUACUCAGGCGUGAUAGUAGCGAAUGAAAUACGCUUGGACAGGCGAUACUUGGCGAAAAAAUACCUGAAAGGCUGGUUCGCAGUUGAUUUCUUGGGGACUGUCCCGUUCGACCGGAUCGUUCACCUGGUCGAGUUGACCAAUAAAGCCCUGAUCAAAAGCGCCACCAUUCUGGGCACCCCUAAACUACUGCGAAUCGUUUCUCUCAUUCGUCGAGUUAACGAAUGGCAACAUAUUUACGUCAGCACUUCGAAUCGAAUCUACUUCAGAAUAGCAAAUAUUGUGGUCUGCAUUAUGUUCCUCGCGCAUUUCAACGGAUGCCUGCUUUACUUCGUGCCAAUGAUCCAGGAUUUCCCGCGCGGGAGUUGGGUCCACUCAGCGGGAAUCCUGGGGAAAAACAAUUACGACAAAUACAUUUGGAGCUUGUACAGUGCACUCUGCCAGAUGAUUACGGUUGGAUUCGGCAAAGUCGAAGUUCAAACCGAUGACGAGAUCUUCCUUUGUUUCUAUGUUCUCGUCUCGGGCACUGUCGGCUACACCGUUCUCCUGGCCAACGUGACUACAAUAGUGCAAAACUUUGAGUUCACCAAGACUGCUCACGACAAACUCAUGUCCGAGGUCUGUGAAUAUAUGGAAUACAAGAAAUUGCCGCAAGCCUUGCGGGAGCGAGUGAAUGACUUCUUGGAGAAAAGAUACCGGGGACAUUACUUCAACGAGCAGAAGAUUUUGAACCAGAUGUCGGACGUUCUGCGUGACGAUAUCCUGAGCUACAGCUGCCAGGCGCUCGUCAAUAAGACUCCUGUGUUCAUGAAUAUGGGGCAACAUUUCAAGGAAGAAGUGAUCAAGAGAUUGCGUCACGAAUAUUUCCAGCCCGGAGACGCCAUAGUCCGCGGGGGAUCUGUCGGCUCAAAAAUGUACCUGUUGGAAAGCGGCAACGUGUCCAUGGCACUGCUGGACGGAACCAUCAUAGCCCAUUUAAGAGAUGGGGCUUUCUUUGGGGAAAUAUGUCUCUUCACGGUGCAGGAAUCGAGUCGCGUUUCGGUGAUCGCAGAAACCUAUUGUUCCCUCUACUCUCUGAGUAGGAGUGAUUUCCGAUCGAUUAUCGAAGACGAUAUCCAAGCUCAGUCAGAACUCGCACGACGAUUCCAUAGUGAACAGAAGUUGAAGAAUGAGUCCGUCCAGAGCGCGACGGAUCCACUGUCCGGCGGGAAGAGCAACACGAAGUUUUGAUGCUAUCAGCAAGCGUAGAAAUGUCAAUAAAUUGUAUGGUACGGUAA